AUGUUGGCCAGGUUUGCUAUUCAAAAACAUGCCAAAAUCAGCCCAGUAUUGUGCAGAUUCUACUCGUCUCACGUUGGUAAGUUGUUUUUUUUUUGCAUUUUUUUUUGUUUUUAGGCUAAGACGUUGUAAAAAAUGGCGAGAACGGUGAACAAUAUUGACUCUAUUAAAACCCUUGUUGUUAAAAAAGGUCAUAACUUUCUUUACAGUUUUUGACAUGAUUUAAAAUUUUGGGGAAUUUUCAACGAUGGAUUGGGUUUUCUUUUAAAAGUUAAAAAUUUACGAAAACUUUCUUUACAACUUUAAAAAAACGCCAUUUUCUUGGUAUAUGCUUGUUUUUUGCCUAAAGUUUAUUUCUUUUGGUUAUAAUUUUUACCAAACCUUUAAUUAAUAACGAAUAGCUUUAAAUAAUUUUUAGCAGUUCAUAAUUUACUUUUUCUUAGAAGGAAUUCACCUAAAGGUUGCUUUUUAAUCAGGUGUUGACCUUAUUUUAGAUGCCGAUAUUGUUGUGAUCGGAUCAGGUCCCGGUGGCUACGUUGCUGCUAUUAAAGCCGCCCAACUCGGCAUGAAGACAGUGUGUGUCGAAAAGAAUGACACUUUGGGUGGAACCUGUCUAAACGUUGGAUGUAUCCCAUCAAAAGCCAUGUUGAACAACUCUCACUUCUACCACAUGGCCAAGCACGGCGACUUGAACAACAGAGGUGUGGAAGUAGAGCCAAAACUGAACUUGCAAACUAUGUUGAAGGCUAAAGAUAAUUCAGUUAAGGGAUUGACGAGUGGAGUUGCUACUUUAUUCAAAGCGAACAAAGUCACUCAUCUUAAUGGCCAUGGAUCCAUUACUGGCAAGAAUGAAGUAACAGUUAACAGAGCUGAUGGAUCUCAACAGAAGGUUAAUACUAAGAACAUUCUUAUUGCUACAGGUUCGGAAGUCACGCCUUUCCCUGGAAUUGAAAUUGACGAAAAACAGGUAUGUUGUAGUAGGUUUUGAUGGAUAAUGCUUUAAACUAACUUUUUGACCGGAUAAAAACUGACUUUUUAGUGACAGUAGUGAUGAAGCAGGGCCUUAUUUAUUGUAAUACGACUAUAUCUUUUCUAUUUUACAGGUAGUAUCAUCAACUGGAGCUCUCUCCCUGACCCAAGUACCAAAGAAGAUGGUAGUUAUUGGAGCCGGUGUUAUUGGUCUUGAAUUGGGAUCAGUAUGGCAACGUUUGGGAGCCGAGGUCACGGCUGUAGAGUUCUUGGGAAGUAUUGGUGGUGUCGGAAUCGAUGGUGAAGUAUCCCGAGGCUUCCAGAACAUGUUGAAGAAGCAAGGAUUCAAGUUCUUGUUGAACACUAAGGUUACGGGAGCUCAACGCAACGGAGAAAAUAUCACUGUAUCGGUGGAGGGAGCUAAGGAUGGGAAGAAACAAGAUGUAAGGGAGCUUUUUGAGUUGAUUUUGAAGUUUUAGGUCCAGUGCUAUACCUAUAACAACAUAAUUUUAGCUCGAAUGCGACGUUCUCCUCGUAGCCAUCGGCCGUCGCCCAUACAGCGAGAAGCUUGGCCUAGAAAACGUAGGAAUCCAGCUAGAUCAGCGCGGCCGCAUCCCGGUCAACACCCGCUUCCAAACCUCGGUCGAGAACAUAUACGCCAUCGGUGACAUCAUCGAAGGCCCAAUGUUGGCACACAAGGCCGAAGACGAAGGAAUUAUCGCCGUCGAAGGCAUCUGCGGAGGCCCAGUACACAUUGACUACAACUGUGUACCAUCGGUCGUAUACACACAUCCCGAAGUGGCGUGGGUGGGCAAGAACGAGGAACAGUUGAAGCAGGAGAAGGUGGCCUACAAGGUCGGUAAAUUCCCAUUUGUCGCCAACUCGCGAGCAAAAACCAACAACGACACAGAAGGAUUCGUUAAAGUAUUGGCCGAUAAGCAAUCUGACAGACUUUUGGGUGUUCAUAUCAUUGGACCUGUAAGUUAUCAAGGUUUAUAUUACCAUCGACUGAAGUCUUCGAUUAUCCUUUAAUAAAUCUUCGUAUUAUCCAUGAGCCAAGCCUUAUAUUGCCCUUGAAUCAGGAUUUAUGCUACUCUUUAAUCAACCUUUAUAUCACCCUUGAAUCAACCUUUACAUCACCUAUAACAAUAUAAAUUAAAUCGAUUCGUUUCAGAACGCCGGCGAAAUGAUUGGCGAAGCCGUGCUAGCCCUGGAAUACGGAGCAUCGUGCGAAGACAUUGCCCGCGUCUGCCACGCUCACCCCACCCUAUCCGAAGCCUUCCGAGAAGCCAAUCUGGCCGCCUACGCCGGCAAACCCAUCAACUGCCCAUAG